AUGGAAGAUAUUGGCGCCGUUAACGAGGAAACAGGCCGGGAGCAAUACUCCUUGUCGAAAAGGGGGGCACAUAACUGUGCCCACCGGGACAUCUGGGGGCCCCGAGAAAAGUCGAUGGCGAAUCUGUGGUCACCAGAAAAUCCGGAUGGGUUAGUCAGCCUGUUACUUGCGGAGAACAACAUCCUGCAUGAUGAGAUAUCCGAAUUUUUCAAGCAAAAGAUCAAAAUCAUUCCAGAACAUCAUCUCACCUACGGGCUUGGCCCUCGGGGAUCCCGCCGUCUUCGCCGUGCUGCUGCUGCAUUCGUCAAUGACGAGCUUGGUGCUGUCGAGAAGGUUGAGAGUGACGACAUCAUCGUGACACCAGGCUUGAAUAGUGCCAUAGAAUCACUGGUAUGGGCUAUCUGCGACCCUGGUGAGGGUGUCCUCAUUCCGAAACCACUCUAUAACGGAUUUGCGAUCGAUAUUCUCAACAGAAAUGAGACACAUCUCGUGGGAGUCAGCUAUGAGAGCGUUGACGGCUAUCGUGAAUUGGAUGACCUAUUCAAGCCUGACAUUAAUCGGCUGGCUCUUGAGAAGGGUUUGAGUGAAGCAGAAAAGCGUGGAAUCAAGAUUCGCGCUCUUUUGAUAUCGCACCCGCACAACCCUCUUGGACGUUGCUACCCGACGGAUACGCUACAAGAAUUCAUGGUCUUCUGCAGCCAAAAUCAUCUUCAUUUCAUUUCUGAUGAAAUAUACGCUAAAUCUGUGUUCCAUAAUCCAGAUUUGCCAAACCAGGUGCCUUUCGUAUCGACUGCUUCUCUGUCGCCUAACCCGCUCGGGUCAAACUUCCACCACAUACUCUACGGUGCAAGUAAGGACUUGUGUGCAAACGGAUUGCGGUUGGGGUUUCUGUGUACAGGAAACAAAGGCAUUUUAGCCGCAAUGUCGAGCAACAAUUUCUUCUCCUGGUCGCCACAUGUUCUUCAGGAUGUCUGGGCCGCUAUGCUGGAAGAUAAACAAUGGUUCGACACCAUGAUCCAGAAAAAGAACAAAUUGAUGGCCGAGCAAUAUGCGAUUAUUAGCUCGUUCUUUCAUGCGCGCAAUAUCUACUCUUUUCCAAUGAACGCUGGCUUAUUUGUUUGGGUGGACUUUCGACGAUUGCUAUUGUCCAAAGCGCUACGGGGCAAAUCGGAUUAUGGAGCUCUGAGGGCAAAAAGUGGCAGCGCUAUCUACAAGCAACGUGAAACAGAGAUUGCGGAUAUUUGCACUCGAAACGGUGUGCAGAUAGCGCCUGGCAGCAAGUUCGAGUCAGAGGAGUAUGGUUGGUUCCGUAUCACGUUUACGGUACCAAGAAAUGUGCUCGAAGAAGGUUUACGCCGUCUUGCGACGUCAUUGAAGGAAAUUGAGGCGAGAGACUGGGAGUAA